AUGAGUAGUAAGCCCCGGGGAUCUUUUGAGGAUCAAUUCAGGAUAAAAUUUGUGAUGUUUAUACACAUCAAGAUGUACACAGGUGUCUUGUUGUACCGUCUUCUAUUCACAAGGUCUCUUUAUGGAUCUUCCCUUCUUGGUCUUCUGGUUGUGGCCAGCUCAUUAUCCUUUCUGAAAGCAUGCUUAACUGAUCCAGGAAAGGUUAAUAGAAAGGUUUAUCACAAAUACAUCCCAGAUAUGAUUGUAUUUGAAGAAGGUGUCUCAACACAGAUACGCACCAACAGGAAUGGGGAUUGGAUAAGAGCAAUAAGGAUCAAUGGAACAGAGUAUCAGGAGAAGUAUUGUUUAGAAUGUAAUUUAUUUCGCAUCAAUGGGAUGUCUCAUUGCAGGGAAUGCAACAGAUGUGUUCUGGACAUGGACCAUCAUUGUAUUUGGUUUGGAAACUGUAUUGGUAGAAAUAACAUAAGAUAUUUCCAUAUCUAUUUGUAUACCCUGAGCAUAGUUACUUUUAUAAAUGCAGCAUUUAUGUAUGGCCUGGUGAUCAUCUGUAGUAGAAAUACGCUUCUUAUGUUAGCUCUCAGGAUUCUUGCAGCAGCCUUUGGAGCGCUGUAUACUCUAUUUUUUUGCAUCAUCUUUCUAUUCACAAUGUUCAACAUAUAUGUAGCCUUAAACUCUUCGACGUCAAGAGAUUUCAUCAAAAAUGGUACGGGAAACAAAAAGCUAGACAUUGGGAAGGCCUGUAAGAAUCUUUCAAGGCUUAAGCCAAGCCUAUCCUUUGACCUUCCAUCUGUAUGA